CUCCCCAGUCCCCCCUCCUUCCCUCAACAUCCAUUCCAUGAACUACAAACCUUCACAAUAAAUCCUCAAAAUAAUAAUUUUAGAUGGAUUCAAUCAUCUCAAUUCCAAGUAGAAGACAAGUAUCAAAGACAAGCACUACUUCCUCCUCGCCGGAUCUCCUCCAUGAACGCUCCCCUUACCUCUACCACCCUUCCCUCCUCCCUCUCCGCUUCUCCUCCUCCUUCCGUCAUCUCCUCCAAUGCCAAGCUCACCUCACCACCUCCUCCCUCCUCCGCCACCCCUUCGCCGCCUCCCGCCUCCUCAAGCUCUCCUCCUCCCUCGCCCCUCUCUCUCACACUCUCCUCCUCUUCUCCCACCUCCCCUCCCCUCCCCACCUCUGCUCUUUCAACAUUCUCCUCAAAUCCUUCUCCCUCUCCCCUUCCCCUCAUCUCGCCGUCUCCUUCUUCUCCUCCAUGCUCCGCUCCGGCCUCAUUCCCGACACCUUCACCUUCCCCCCUCUCGCCGUCUCCUGCGCGCGCUCCGCUUCCCAGACCGACGCUGAGGUCGUCCACGCCCAGGCCAUCAGACGCGGCGCUGAUUCCGUCGUCAUUGUUUGCAAUUCGUUGAUCCACGCCUACGCUGCUUGCGGCCUUGUUGGCCAUGCCCGGGUUAUGUUUGAUGAAAUGGCUGUUCGAAACGUGGUUUCUUGGAACUCUUUGGUUGAUGGAUAUGUUAAAGUCGGGGACUUGAGGAGUGCGCGUUGUGUGUUUGAUAGAAUGCCUGAAAGAGAUGUGGUCUCUUGGAAUAUCAUGAUUACUGGUUGUCUUAAAUGCCGGUGCCCGGAGGCCGGUCUCGAACUUUUUAGGGAGAUGGAGAGGGUGGGAGUCUUGAGCGAUGUGGCGACGAUGAUCAGCAUUGCCACGGCGUGUGGGAGACUUGGUUUGAUCAGAUAUGGGAGGUCCGUGCAUGGUUAUUUUGUACGGAGUUUUCGGGAGAAGAGCAACUUGAUAUUUGAGACAACAUUGGUUAACAUGUAUAGUAAGUGUAAACGGGUGGAUGUCGCGAGGAAAGUUUUUGAUCGGAUUGCGGAGAAGAACUUAGUUUCUUGGAAUACGAUGAUCUUGGGGCAUUGUAUUCAUGCUUGUGCUCAGGAUGGUCUUGCAUUGUUUGAUGAAAUGGUUCAAAUAGGUGAAGAAGAUUCAGAAGUAAAACCUGAUGAAACUACAUUUGUUGGAAUUUUAUUGGGUUGUUCCCGUGCUGGGCUGUUGGAUGAAGGAAGGAGAUACUUUCGACGAGAUGACAAGCAUACAUGGUCUCAAACCCACAUUUGCACAUUAUUGGUGCAUGGCGAAUCUAUACGGGAGUCUAGGUAUGGUUCAAGAAGCGGAGGAGGUGUUGAUGAGCAUGCCGGAGGACACCGAGUCACUAGUGUGGAGUACUUUGCUUGGUUCAUGUCGUUUUCGUGGGGACAUAGAAUUAGCUGAGCAGAUAGGCAAGAGGCUGAUUGAGCUCGAACCGUACAACAGCUCUCGCUAUGCGUUGUUGUGGAACAUUUACAGUGUAUCUGAAAGAUGGGAAGAUGUUGAUAAGGUGAAGGAGAUGAUGAAGCAAAGAGCAGUGAAGACAAUACCCGGUCAUAGCUUGUUCGAUCUAAAAGAAAUAGUUCAUAGUUUCAAAGCCGGAGAUCGAUCCCGACCAGAGAUGAAAGAUAUCUAUUCAAUGAUGGACGAGAUCGCCGCAAGGCUCAAAUGAAGAGCACAGCCUCAUCAUCACCAGCUGCCUGUAUAAUUCUCUAUAUUGUUAGCUGACUAUGGUGGCAUUGUUGGACAAGUGUUGUUGUCAACAGAAAUAAAAUUUUAAUGUAAAACUGAACCA